UGCAUAUAAAAUCACGAAGACAGUUGAAAGAUCAAGACCAAGAUCCGAAAAAAAACGGCGGCGUGUAGAGGAGACAGGUGGCGGAUCUGCAGCCAACUUUAACCCACGCCGGAAGUAGCUUCACUUGAACUUAUCAGCACAGAAAAAUGGUCAUUGUCAUAGGCCUAGAGGGAAGUGCCAAUAAAAUUGGUAUUGGCAUAAUUCAAGAUGGAGUAGUUUUGUCAAAUCCUCGCCGGACAUACAUCACCCCCCCCUGGCCAAGGAUUUGUUCCUCAUGACACAGCCAAGCAUCAUCAGUAUUGAUUACCUACAGAGGGAUAAUAGUCAUCAACACAAUCCAUUCCUAAAAGCAAAUGUACUGGAAGUCCUCAAUCAAGCUCUUUCAGAAGCAGAUGUCACUCCCCAGGAUAUAAAUGCCAUAGCUUACACAAAGGGUCCUGGUAUGGCUGCACCACUGAUCAGUGUAGCAGUAGUGGCCCGUACCAUUGCCCAGCUGUGGGAUAAACCACUUGUUGCUGUCAAUCAUUGCAUUGGACACAUUGAAAUGGGAAGAUUGAUAACAGGAGCAAAAAAUCCAACUGUACUAUAUGUAAGUGGAGGUAAUACACAAAUAAUUGCUUAUUUAGAAAAAAGAUAUAGAAUAUUUGGAGAAACCAUUGAUAUGGCUGUUGGAAACUGCUUGGAUAGAUUUGCUAGAAUUUUAAUGCUGUCCAAUGAUCCAAGUCCUGGAUAUAAUAUUGAACAAAUGGCAAAGAAUGGUUCAAAAUAUCUUCCUCUUCCAUACUGUGUAAAAGGCAUGGAUGUUUCAUUUUCGGGUAUUCUUUCCUACCUAGAAGACCGUGUAGAUAAACUUCUAAAGAGUGGAGAAUAUACAAAAAGUGAUCUUUGCUUUUCUCUUCAGGAAACAAUAUUUGCAAUGUUAGUAGAGAUCACUGAACGAGCUAUGGCUCAUUGUGGGUCACAAGAAGUACUCAUUUGUGGAGGUGUUGGCUGUAAUCUCAGGUUGCAACAGAUGAUGAAAAUAAUGUGUGAGGAGAGAGGAGCAAAACUCUAUGCAACUGAUGAAUCAUUCUGUAUUGACAAUGGAGCUAUGAUAGCACAGGCUGGGUACCUCAUGUACACAUCUGGCAUUACAACUUCACUUCAGGAUACUUGGGUAACACAAAGGUUUAGGACUGAUGAUGUUCAUGUGACCUGGAGGGAGUGAAUAAAAAUAAAAUUGU